AUGGGCAGCGGCGCCUCGGGCAAUGCGGAACGCCGCUCGGUGGCCUCGUUGCUGAACGCCGCGCGGAUCGGAGAUGCCGAGGGGGUGCAGGCGCUGCGGUCACUCCUGCACUUUGUCACGUCGGGAAAGCACACUGGACCCUGCCAGAUUGCCAAGUUGAUUAAUGGUCGGAUUCUCUUGGCGCGUGGUGCAGCACGAGACGCCCGGGAUGCCGAAGGACGCACGGCGUUACAUUUUGCAUCCACCAAGCAGACGGCGCGAGCGCUGUUGCGAGCACUGGCAGAUGUGAAUGCUCCAGAUGUCCACGGACAGCGACCCUUACAUCAAGCAGUGCUGAACAAACAUCAAGAGGUGCUGUCGGAACUGUUGAAAGCCAACGCAGAUGUGGACGCGCGGUCCAUCACUGCAAAGCACAUCGAGGCCAUUUUUUGCAUAGGUCCAUUUGGAACGGCCAUCUUUGCAACAGGUCUGGGGGCUCCAGUGGCGCCCCGAGUUCUUACGCCGCCAGCGCCGCAUCGUGGAGCAGGUCUUGGAGCAAACGCCGCUGAGUGCCGCGGCGAAAACGGCGAUUUUUCGUUGUCCCAAAGGGUGGAGGAAACACCGGUGAAACACGGGCGAAAACAGGUCGCUGGAACGAUGAACAGAAAGCAACUGGCGCAGAAAUCCUUCGCGCAGGUGCAGAGUUGCUGGAAGCAGAUGGGCAAGCAGGAUCCGGAGCACAACAGGUGCUCCGCAAUGCUCGCAAACUCCGCUUGCUCUUUCGCCAAGGAGAUCCUCUCAUCGGAGAUUCACCGGUGCACUUGGCAGUUCGACAAGGCCUUCACCACCGGCGACGCCUCGCUGCUUGCGCAGUUGUUGCUGGCUCGGGGGGACCCCGACGCCCUGGGAGCUGGUGGUGAAACGGCCUUCGAACUGGCAGCGGGAAAACCUGAACUGUUGGAAGUGCUCUCUACCUGCAUGGCCUCAUCCUGUUUGGAGGCGGCUCUAGGAUCUCGAGCAAGCUACGGGCCUGCAGAGGUAUGUCGGGAUCUUCACUUAGCAGCACAGGAAGGAGAUGCAGAGACGGUGGAGCAAUUGAUCAACUCAUUUGCUGAUGUCGAUGGUCGGCAUGGCACUCGCACCUUGCAAUUGGAACUUUUGCGCGAGCCUGGAGAAGAGCGAUGGGGCUUUGAAUGGAAAGAUCACCCAUCGCGCCGGAUCCUGGAAGGCAUCGAUAUGUCCAAGGCGAGUCCCGCACAACGCUGGAAUGAACAGAACUCAUCCCUGAAUGGCGAGAUUCUACGCCGAGGCGAUGAAUUGGUGGAGGUGAAUGGUCGAAGGGGAUGGCAUGAGAUAUCUCAACUGCGACGUUGGCAUCAGGUGACCUUGAUCUUCGAGUUGGUCACUCACGAAUCGCCUUUGGCCGUGGCCGCUGAACAGGGUCACUGUAAGGUGGUCUCCUUGUUGUUGGCAGCCAGGGCAGAUCCACGAUUGCAUUGGCAAGGUAAGGAGAUCUUCAUGGAACUUCAGCGUCCACAUCUCACUGCCUCGUGGGGCUUCAUCUGGGACCAACGUUUUGACGGUGACUUUCGACGCGUGCUCACUGCGAUGUGCGAGAACAGCCCAGCAGCGGACUGGAAUCAGGACAUGCUGGACAUGGGUCAAGAUGUCUUGCAUUCUGGGGAUGAGUUGAUUAUGAUCAACGAGCGAGAUGCCAGGACGUCGUUCUUCGCGCUGCGGGAACUGCUGGAGAUCCGGCUCUGCUUCCAACGCGUGCGCUGCUCUGUGCUGACGCCACUGGAACGGGCUGCGGAUCAGGGGCAUCACGAAGUGUGCAAUGCCUUGCUGACGGCAGGGGUGGAUGCCAAAGUCAGGGCCAACGCAUGGCAUCCUACGCCCUUGGAGAUCUUCACCGAGACUGCGCAGGUGGUUAUUCAGCUGAAAGUGGAGAAAGAGUUGGUGCUUGCCUUUCUGGUGGGAAUCAGCAACUCCUGGGAAAGGCUCCGAGAAGAGGUGCAAAGACGCCUCCAGGUGUCACGCGCAAGUUUCUUCUCGCAAGGUCGAGAGCUUGCUGAUUCAAAAGUUCAGGGGUUGGUGGUGGAAGAUCACAUCCUCACCUUCAACCUGGUCUUUCGCGAUCGACUGCUGACGUCCCUGAAAUCUGGGGAUCUGGAGGCUGUCGAGCUGUCAGAGGCCAACUCGUGCAUCGUCAGCGGCGAUGCGCGCGGCACCGUUUUCAAAAAGGGGCCGCGUGUGUCACACGUUUUGGAUGGCUACCUCACUAGGGAGGGAACAAAAGGCGUUUCCUGGGCAGAUGCUUCCCCCCAUGAUGCGCCGUUCUCAGGUGGUAAGUUCAGGCAUCAGAUGCCGAUGAUGAUGCCACAUGCUUUCCCAGGUCAGCCGUGGGGCAUUCCGCAUGCCGUGCCGAUGGGGCCCAUGGGGCCAAUGGGGCCGAUGCAACAUCCCAUGGCGCAUGCGAUGCCAGGAGCAGUUCCUUUCCCGGGGCAAAAACUGAGAGGUGCUGCUGCUGCUGCCUUGGCACAAGCGCAGGAAAGCAGCAGUAGCAGUAGCAGUAACAGCGACAGCAGCAGCGAUAGCAGUGAUGAUGAGGCUCCUGCGACGGCGGCUGCGCCGGCGGCCGUGGCCAAGGCACAUGGCCCUGGCUUGGCCCCAGCACAGACCAAGGCCGCUGCGCCGGCGCCUAAGGCCGCGGCGCCUAAGGCCGCGGCGCCCAAGGCCGCGGCGCCCAAGGUGGCGCCCAAGGCCAAGGUGAUGCCGGCGGUGGCGGUGGAGAUGGUGGAUGUGGAGGACAGCGAUAGCGACUCCUCCAGCGACAGCGACUCCUCGGUCGAAGGGGCGGAGCAAACGCCGGAGGCGCUCAUCACCAAAGUGUCAACCACCACCACCGUGGCCGCUUUGCCGUCGAUGACGCCGGAGGAGGUGCUUGCGAGUCAGUUGCUGGCUGAAGUGGAGGCCUUUUUGGUGCAGAACCCCGUGGAUGCAUCGGCGGCUGAACGCCUUCGAGAGCUGUCCCAAGAUUUGCAGCGGCAAGUCCUGGACAAGGGGGACUUGAGGCAAGCGCGAAACGCUUCGGCCGUCCUGCUCGCACGCAUCAAAGAAGUGGAAGGUCAAAGCGUCGCACAGGGGCUUGGUCAACCCGCACCGCCCCCUGGGGACGAUGCGCACCCUGGCAUCGAGGCCUUGAUCGCCACCUAUAACUUGGACGCACGCGCAGCCAACGAGUUGAGGUCCCUGCCCCGGAGCAAGCAGGACCAAGCGUCCUUGAUCGACUUGUCGAAGGCCAAUAAACCUUCGGCCUUUCUCAUGGCACAUCUGCAACAGCUUCAGGCCAGUGAUGAGAAAUUGGGUUUCCCGGGCACGGUCCCUUCGGCGUUGGAUUCGAUGCUGUGA